AUGAGAGUGGUCUUCAACACGGAAGCCCAUUUUGAUGAUCCUGCAAGUAAGAGUCGGAUAAAAUAUGUUGCAACUGGAGAUCAUGCUUAUGCCUUCUGGAAUGGUUAUUUUGGUCCACCUGCACUAUGGCUUGAGACCGAGGGUGGAUUAUCUGACUUCAGGUUCAAUCCGCUUUUUCCAGAGGUUGAGGAGUUCAGACAAUCAGUCAAUAACAAUGAUCCUUAUGUUCGGAGACACGGGCUAUAG